AUGACUAUAUUUAACUCCAUCAAAGACACGUUCAAGUCCGGUGGAAGCGUUCCGUUAACAGGAGUUUCCAAAGGAACCAAGGUGGCUGCCCUGAGUGAAGAAACCCCAAACUCGGAGUCCUGCAAGCCUGUUUGCAUACCAAUAGAUCCGGGCUAUCUUUCUGAAAUUCAGGCCAACCCGAGCUCAAGAACCAUCAUGGACAAUCCUGAAGAGCAGAGCUCAUUUGAAUUAUCCAGUGACAAGAUGUAUGUGGCAACUUACAAGAAAUCGCAAGAGACCAUCACAGUCCACAGAAUCGGAACCCAUGCCAGAUCCAGCGUCGAAUUCGAGUAUUUUGACUUUUUUAUUCAGCUUCCGGCUCCAGUGUCAUUUCCAUACUAUUGUUUCUACAGCGUCUCUUCUAGAGGUCAUUAUGUCGCUGUAUCCUGGUUACAAGCUAGACCGGAAUCGUCUUGGUCACCUGAGAUUUCUCACUGUUAUAUCUACAAAGACUCUUUCUCGCCCAUUGAUAGAGACCAUAAUGGAAGAGUUAUAACAAAGCCAUAUCACAAGAUUCAUUUUCAAGGAAACUGCAGAUUUUUGCCGGAUAAUAAGCUCGUAUUGACGGAUGUACAUCACUUGAGGAUCUACAGCGACGAUUUCGAUUUUCUAUAUCUUAUCGAUCUUUUUCAAAUAUCCCAGAUGACGCACCAACCACUCGCUCAUUCAUGGAAUCAUCGCCUGAUGUGGUUUUCGGCUGCAAACAGACCUGACGCCAGUGAUGAUCUGAAUCGCAGUCUAAAAUCAUCUACCUACACUGUUGUAGACCCUCGAAUCAACUUGGACGCCAUGGCUAGCGAUCUCAAAUUUAUGACAAAGUCUAUCCACCAGGGUGUAUUGCUGGACUACAGCUCAGAAGACAACCUUGUGCGGAUCUGGUCUGUUCAAGACGGACAUUUGAUAAUUCCGCUCAAAACAUCGUGUGACAGUAAUACCAUAUUUUCUGUAUCAAAAGAUGGAAGCCUCAUUGCAAAACUCAGCACCUCAACGGACGAUACGGUGAUCAAGAUAUUUGAUAUUGAAACUGGUCUUUUGGUAAACAGUCUUAAAAUAAGAGAUACUCGUAUAUCUGGAACCUCGGUCCAUAUUGAAUUCAUUGAAGAAGAUCGGUACUUAGCAUGUAUCUCACAUGCAAAGCCAUUAAAUGGUCCACGCACUCGUCAGACACUCAACCCAAAUGAUGCCGUAUAUGGUCUCGAGAUCUGGGAUGUAGUAUCAGGAACAUCGGUGGUCUACCAAGAGACAGAUUACAGAAUCGCAAGCGCAGGGUCUGCUGUAGUUAUUGGGCACCCAUCCUAUCGAGGAUCUGCUCUUAUUGUGGAGAACACUAUGCCCGAGAUUCUUUGUGGUCAUAAGUUGCGCCUUUUCCCAGUCUCCAAAAAACGAAGCAGAUAUAGUACACAUGAAGACGUUGAUGAGUUUCCAUGGGGACAGCUGACUCCGAUUAUUCCGUCAAUUGAUUUGCAAUCCAAGCAAGAUGUCUUCUUUGAGGCCGAGUUUCACGACAAACAUGCUCUUUCACCUGGCAUUGCAAGUUAUUUUCUUGAUACUUCCAAGACUCUGGUUCUUAGAAUCGGUAGAUAUUCUGUCCAGGUUUGGCGUACAAAAAGAUUAGAGAAACAAGGACACCACCAGCAUCCUGAAAACAUGGAAAAUAUUGAUCCAAAGACUCUGGGACUCCAUAAGCUGGUCUAUAUGUAUUGUAUCCCAAUUGAAUACACAAGCUCAAGAUAUGAUAUCCGUACUCUUUCUCGAGAUAAUCUAGAAAUUCAGACGCCAUCCAUUCGUGCGGACAGGAUUAGGUGGUACUCUGAGUGUAGUCAAUAUCUAAGCAAUGAGUGUUUUACCGAUGGCUUAUCGCAGUCCUCGACCCCAGAUGUGGAUUUCUCGCAAGGACUUUACCGUCUCCGAAUUACCUAUGAAUCUCUACAGGAUGGCUUAAAUUAUACAAACGGACCUAGCAAUCAAGAGGAAAUAUACAUCCCAUUUAGAAUACAGGCUGCGCCGUUUAUUGUUCUAAAGUACACUUUUAACUCUCUGCCAUCGAUCUUACAACUUAAUCAAUAUUUUGAGGGAAAAAAUUGGAAGACCCAUCAUUUUUCUAGUAUUGUAAAACAGAUGCAAAGUACAGUGAAUUAUGCGGUUUAUUGUCGCUCUCCGUUCUUUGGGACAAUUGCAGGGAACCAAGCGCUCUCCAGUUUACUGUGCUCUCCUGGUGAUGAUGAUUUACUGUCUUCUAUCCUAGACGGAACUAUUAACAUAAAGACCUGUUUCCAUGACAUCAGCCGGAAGCAAAGCCCGCUAACAGUAGCUAUACAGAAUGGAUCUCCACAAAGGGUCAAGAUACUGGUUGAAUAUAUCAUUUCCGCUUCCAAAAAAUUUGGUCCUGGAUAUAUGGCAAUAUUUGUACGAGUUCUUCCUAGCUUAUGCAAGCAUUUUCCUGACUUGGUACCUGAUUGGAUCCGUUCCCUUUCUUACGUUCCGGCAACAAGUGCUUAUCCUUUGGUUUCCCGGGACUCCCCAGUAUUACCUGGUAAAAGCCUACUGACACACAAGCAAGAAUUAUGGGGAUUCUCUGCAUUGGAGCAGCUACCUGUUUACCGUGGACUUUACAAAAAGGCAAUAUAUACUGUGAAAACUCAACUAGACGUCUUCAAGUUUGGUCAGUAUAAGAAAGGCAGAAACGUCCAAGAGAUAAAGAGACAACAAGACUUGAAGGAAAAAGAGAAAAGAAUCCCAUUGAGUCAUGAUCGAAAACCACACCUUGCAACCUUGUGUGUAGUCCCUUUACCAAGUUAUACUGCUUAUACCGAGAACUUUCGCACACUUUUUAAUCAUAUUAUGGGAGAACCGCCUGGUCUUGCUUCCGCUUAUUCACCGCAUAGUCUGUUUACAGUCCAGGCUUCGACAGGAAACAGCGAGGUGUUUAGAAACGGAGAACCAGUUAUGGAAGCCUUGCUUAUUUACAAAUGGCGUGCGUUUGCCCGAAAUCGUUUCUUCUUGAUAUAUUUGAUAUAUAUCUCCUACUAUACUCUAUAUUCAAUCACCGUGGCAUUCUCAAAGGAGGUCUUUAACUAUGACGCUCAAACCCGUGUGAUAUCUCCUGCCCACCGGUCCUGUCUCAUAAUAAUGAUUGCUAUAUCAAUUGUAUUUAUUAUACAAGAAACCCGCCAAAUUAUGGUUAGCCGGACAAAUUACUUUAGGCUUUUCUACAACUAUAUUUCAUUGACAGCAGUUUGCUUGCCUGCAAUUGCAACCAUAGUACUUCUUUCUGGGCACACUUAUCCGGUUGAAGCUUCCGCGAUCUCUGUUCUUAUUCUAUGGCUUCACGCAAUUGUUCGGUUGCGUGUAAUGAAAGAAUUUGGAAUAAUGGUUGAGAUUGUUGUACAAAUAAGCAAGCGUGUACUUCCUAUGUUUGCCUUGCUGGUCUUUAUUGUUUUUGCGUUCUCACACACUUUUAUUGUAUUGCUUCGAAACGAAAGUAGCGGAGAAUUUGCUGAAACAUUUGAUGGUAUAAUCGGUGGUACACAAAGCUUUUACAUAACUUCACGAGAUUCUGGUAGUGAAAACAAGUUUAGACAUGUCGGGACGGCACUCAAGGCGGUGUGGCUUUUUGUUAAUGGUGAUUGGGAGGCUAUAAGUGAUAAACCCGUGGAAGAUCAAACAUUAGUUACAGUCCUUGCCGUAAUACUUUCCUUUAGCACAACCUUUAUUCUUUUGAAUAUACUGAUUGCCUUGAUGACAGACGUUGUGGAGGAAGUUAAACGUAAAGGAAAAAGAGUGUGGAUAAGUUACUUGGCUGAAUCACUUGCUGAGAUUGAGCUAUACUGGUGCUUUCCCUGGGAGCGACGUAAUAGAAGGUCCCAUCCAGACUAUAUAUACUAUGUUGCAUAUGCAAGAGCAAUAGAAGACUAUAAGAAAAGUGAAUCUGAGGACGACUAG